CCGUGUAAGAUGGCGCCUGCAGAGGGCCAGGCGCCCGGGCCCGGGCCAGUCGGAGCGACCGCGGGAAAAAGGAGGAUCCUAAACGGGGAGCGGGUGGCCGAGCCCCGCCGACUCUCUUGCCUGUGACCUCCCGGCGGACCGCCAUCACCCCCUUUGGUCCGUGUUCCGCCGCGGCCGGCCUGUCCCCUCAGCGUGCCUCUGACCUCGCUCCUCACCCCGAGCACCGCCUCCUCCCGGGUCAGCCUCGGUCCCCGGGGAAGCGGGUCCCGUCGGCCGGCCAGUUGAGGUGCCCAGUCUUUCAGAGAAUCUGCAGACCCGCCUGCCCGGCAGCUCAGCCCCGACCCUGCUGCUCUGAAGAGGAGAGUCCAGGCUGGCUACAAUCAACAGCAUUCAGAAUGUCCAGCAAAGGGAGCAGCACAGAUGGCAAGACAGAUUUAGCUAAUGGCAGCCUGUCUAGCAGUCCAGAGGAGAUGUCUGGAGCAGAGGAAGGGAGAGAGACAUCCUCAGGCAUCGAAGUGGAGGCCUCAGACCUGAGUUUGAGCUUGACUGGGGAUGAUGGUGGCCCCACCCACACCAGCACAGAAAGCCGAGGCACAGAUACAGAGAGCUCAGGUGAAGACAAGGACUCCGACAGCAUGGAGGACACUGGCCACUACUCCAUCAAUGAUGAAAACCAAGUCCAGGAUCACUCAGAGGAGGAUGAGGAUGAGGAGGAGGAAGAGCAUCCUCGACGCCGAGUGCAGCGCAAAAGGGCCAACCGAGAACAGGACUCUUCAGCUGAUGAGCAGGCCCUGGAGGACUGGGUGUCCUCAGAGACGUGGGCCCUGCCCCGCCCUCGCUGGCAAGCCCUCCCUGCCCUGCGGGAGCGGACACUAGGAUCAAACGCACGCUUUGUGCAUGAGGCCUGUGGGGCCCGAGUCUUCGUGCAGCGCUUCCGCCUGCAGCAUGGGUUGGAGGGCCACACGGGCUGUGUCAACACCCUGCACUUUAACCAGCGCGGCACCUGGCUGGCCAGUGGCAGUGAUGACCUGAAAGUGGUGGUGUGGGAUUGGGUGCGGCGGCAGCCUGUGCUGGACUUUGAGAGCGGCCACAGGAGUAACGUCUUUCAGGCCAAGUUCCUUCCGAAUAGUGGGGACUCCACUCUGGCCAUGUGUGCCCGAGACGGGCAGGUUCGAGUAGCAGAGCUGUCUGCCACACAGUGCUGCAAGAACACAAAACGUGUGGCCCAACACGAGGGGGCAUCACACAAGUUGGCCCUGGAACCUGACUCUCCCUGCACGUUCCUAUCUGCAGGUGAAGACGCAGUUGUCUUCACCAUUGACCUCAGACAGGACCGGCCAGCCUCGAAAUUGGUGGUGACGAAAGAGAAGGAGAAGAAAGUGGGUCUAUACACAAUCUAUGUGAAUCCUGCCAACACCCACCAGUUUGCAGUGGGUGGACGAGAUCAGUUUGUGAGGAUUUAUGACCAGAGGAAAAUUGAUGAGAACGAGAACAAUGGCGUGCUCAAAAAGUUCUGUCCUCACCACCUGGUGAACAGUGAGUCCAAAGCAAACAUCACCUGUCUUGUGUACAGCCACGACGGCACAGAACUCCUGGCCAGUUAUAAUGAUGAAGACAUUUACCUCUUCAACUCCUCUCACAGUGACGGGGCCCAGUAUAUUAAGAGAUACAAAGGCCACAGAAAUAAUGUCACAGUGAAAGGCGUCAAUUUCUAUGGCCCCAAGAGUGAGUUUGUGGUGAGUGGCAGUGACUGCGGGCACAUCUUCCUGUGGGAGAAGUCAUCUUGUCAGAUUGUGCAGUUCAUGGAGGGCGACAAGGGUGGUGUGGUGAAUUGUCUUGAGCCACACCCACACCUUCCUGUGCUGGCAACCAGUGGUCUGGAUCAUGAUGUCAAGAUCUGGGCCCCCACCGCAGAGGCCUCCACUGAACUGACAGGGUUGAAGGACGUGAUUAAGAAGAACAAGCGGGAGCGGGAUGAGGACAGCCUGCACCACACUGACCUGUUUGACAGCCACAUGCUCUGGUCCCUCAUGCACCACCUGCAACAGAGACGCCACUACCGGCGCUGGCAAGAACCUGGGAUCGGAACCAUAACAGUAGACUCCGACGAGUCUCCCAGCUCCUGGGACUCAUCAGAUGAGGAGGACCGUGUGCAGUGCAUGCCGUCCUGAGCCCCACAUGGGGUGCAUGGGGCUGCCCCCAUCCUGCCUGGGCAGCCCUCUCCUGCCUGACCAGCAAGCAGCAGAAAUGCACUUUGGACUUUUUGCUUUAGAGAAGAGAGAGGCUCCUGAGAGAAGGAUGAAGCCAGAGAGCACAUGGGGAGUGUGAGCCACAGACAGCAGAAUGGUCUCUUCCUCCAAAGCCUUGUUCUGGGCAUUGGUGGCCUAUUUUGUUAACUGCUUGGGGUUGGGAGUGGGGUUUCCUUUUCUUUAAUCUCCUUUGAUUUUUGGGAGGGGGGUGGGGCAGCUGGCUCUUUAAGCCCAAGAGCCAGAGCAGAGUGGUGAAGGCCAUACUCUUGGUUUAGCUUUUUGACUUUUUCCUAUUUUAAAAAAAAUCCAUGGCAAUUUGUUGUUUUUCUCUCUGAACAGCCCCACCCCAAGAUCUUUCCUGGGAAGCCCUGGAGUCCUCCCACUCCCCACCCCACACUGUGCUUCCCAGUGCCUGUACUUAUCUGCUCUCCUGCCCUUGGCUCACAAGGGAAGGGCAGAAGGGGCGGAGGGAAGCGACCUGGA